UUGAUAAGAAAUACUUUUGCAGAAUACAAAAAUUUUUAUCAUCAUAAUGAUAUUAUUAAAUAUGAAUUUGUUGAAAAUCUCUGCCAGCUUCAACAUGAUGCCGGUUUGCAUUUGGCAAAUAAGGUAACUAAAAAACAUGUCAAUUUUGUAAAUCACAAAAUGAAUGUACGAUUAGCGGCGCAACUGUUGAGUAAUUCUGUUGCAACCAGCUUAGAGUUUUGCAAAGAAGUAUUAAAAUUACCUAUGUUUGAAAAUUGCCAAGCGACAGCAGGUUUUAUAAAACAAAUAAACAGCAUAUUUGACAUUUUCAACUCCAGAAAUUUACUCAGCUACGGAUUUAAGAAGGCCUUAAAUGCAAAUAAUGUUGAAAAUGUUGUAGCUGAAUGUGACAAAGUGUGUGAAUUUAUUAAAAAUUUAAAAUACAACAACCAAGCUUUGAUAGAGAGUCGAAGAAAACUUGGUUUUAUCGGUUUUUUGGCGAAUACGAUAGCUUUGAAGUGGCUAUAUGUCGAUUUCAUAGAGUCAGGAAAAUUAAAGUUUCUUCCGACCUAUAAACUCUCCCAAGAUCAUAUAGAAUUUUUUUUUAGUGCAGUACGUUCUAGAGGAGGAUUUAACAACAAUCCAACAGCCAGACAAUUCACAGCAGCAUACAAACGAUUAAUCUGCCACGUGGAAGUACAAAUCAGCGAUAAAGCCAAUUGUUUGCCUUUGGAGAAUAUUAGUAUGCUCAACAUACAAAAAUCGUGUACUAUAGAUAUAAUAAAUACUACAACUGGCCUUAGUGCUAUGACGAUGCCAAACGACGAUGCGGCUAUUGGCCCAGGCCAAAUAGAUAAUGAAGAUUCUGAUUUCGUAUCAUCUAUGCCAUGGAUACCUGAAGGCAUGGAAUCUGUAGUUAAGUCCAUUGUUCAGUACAUAUGUGGUUACGUGGUAAAAAAAAUCGCAAAUAAAAUUAAAUGCGAAUCCUGUGUAAAUGUACUUUACGGUGAAGUUAAGGAAGGUUCACUAAUAAACAUGAAAGACGUAGGUGGCCUCGUGUAUCCCUCUCAAGACGUUUAUGAGAUAGGUGUCUUUUCUGAACGAGUUUUCCGAAAACACGUAUCGCGCAGGAGCGUAGCGGCGCCAGCGUGUGAUGCUGGCGGCGCGCCGCGGCGGGCGCCGGUGCCGCGAGUAGCGACCAUGCGAGGCCCGCGACGCGCCACGCACGCUGCACCGCACGCUGCACUGCACGCUGCAUCGUACGCCGCAACCGCCACGCUACUGCUGCUCGUCGUACUCGCCAACCGGGCCGUACACGCGGACAACGGCCUCAUCAAAGGCCAGCGCGCACCCUGCUCAAACGAAGGCGAAGCUGUUCGUCUUCAGGAUUCAAGACUCGAGCACGACUGGAGUAGCUGCUUCCGUUGCAUUUGCAAGAACGGAUUCGUGGAGUGUCGGAGCGGUGUGGAAGAGUGUGGACCGAUGGACGACUGCGCGGUGGUGAUGCCACGUGAAGGCUGUUGCGCCCGAUGCAAGGGUUGCUGGUACAACGGCACCGAGCACGCCUCGCACACGGAAUGGGGAGAGGACGGUCGAGUGCUGCGCUGUGAAGCCGGCGUGAUCACUAUCUCGCGGCCGGAGUGCUAUGCGCCUUGCGAACGACCAAGACAUCAGCGGCAUACGCACUACAAUUGUCCUGUGUGCGACGAGUGCGUAAUAAAUGGGCAGCGAGUCGGAGAAGGGCGCGAUGUGCGCGUGCCUGAAGAGCCGUGUCUAUCGUGCCGUUGCGUGCGUGGCACAUUGUCAUGUGCGAAGCGUGCGUGCGCUGUGUUGCCUUGUCCGCGGGCUCACCAGCACACGCCGCCCGGCGAGUGUUGCCCUCGAUGCUCUCACCCCACAGCAGACAAAAUUCUUCCGAUUUCAGGUGGUUUAAUACCGAAGCCAUGCAUUAUUGGUAAAGAAUACCAUGCACACUUCAGUCGGUUUCAAGUAGACCCUUGCACGGAUUGCACGUGCAUGAACGGAACCACUGUAUGCACGCGUCACACAUGCCCAGUUCUAACCUGCGGUGCUCGCGCUCUGCCGCCCCCUCCUGGGAAGUGUUGCCCAGAGUGCCCGCACGUUGAAGAAGCUAAAGCCGCAUGUGUUAUAGGAGGUGUUACCUACCAGGAUGGUGAAACAUGGCAGUUAGAUGCGUGUAAGUCGUGCGAAUGUCAUGGCGGCGAACCUAGAUGUGCCAUGGAGCGAUGUCCUCCUUUGUCGUGUCCUUCCGACCAAAAUCUUCGACAACUGCCUGGACAAUGUUGUCCAAAGUGCGUAGACAUCGACGGCAUUUGCACUGUUUUCGGCGAUCCGCACUAUAAAACUUUCGACGGCAAAUUUUAUAGUUUUCAAGGAUCGUGCAAAUAUCAAUUGGUAUCAGAUUGUGUAAAUCAUACAUUUUCGAUCAGAAUUUCGAACGACGCAAGAAAUACUACACAUUCCUCGUGGACUCGUACAGCAACUUUGCGUAUUGGUUCCACUAAAAUAAAUAUGGGACGAAAAAUGCGCAUAAAAGUGAACGGACAAAGAGUGGCAUUACCAUACAAAAUGAACAAUGUGGCCGAUAUCGCGCGAAGCAACGGAUCCGUUUUAUUAAAGUCUGAGAUCGGAGUCCAACUCCUAUGGGACGGUGACGGAUUUUUAGAGGUGACUGUAUCCAGUGUGUAUAAGGGUAAAUUGUGUGGUCUGUGUGGAAAUUUUAACUCGGUGGCUCGGGACGAUAUGAGAACGCGUGACGGUAGACUUUCAAACGAUCCAUGGCGGUUCGGUUCUUCGUGGCGUGUCGGCGGGCGUCGCGCUUGCUCGCGUCCGCUGGAGCGUCCGAGUCUGAGCUCGCGAUGUCAACAGUCGAAGCUGGUGAAAGCUCGUCGGCUGUGCCGCGGGUUCGAUCGCUACGAGGCGUUCGCGGACUGCCGGGGGAAAGUGAACCCGCACAACUACCGUGAGGCGUGCGUGCUGGACGCGUGCAGUUGCUCGGGGAAGCGGUGUCACUGCGCGGCGUACCGUGCGUAUGCGCGCGAGUGCACGCGGCUGGGCGCGGAGGCGGUGGGCUGGGCGCGCGCGGCCUGGUGCGAGGGCCCGCCGCCGCCGUGGCUCGCCCGCGCGCGCAAGGCCUUCCCGCGCGCCUCCCGCCCCACCAAGAAGACGUACUUGGACCCGGCAGUGGUACCGAAGCCCAACAACAACCGCACCCGACCACCGCCGCCUAUACUCCAUUGA